AUCACUGGGUUGUGUUUGAACCUGAACCGGUUCAUUGAAAUGAACUGUUCGAAUAAAUUGAAUCGCGGAAAUGGGCUGGAUUUCCCUGUGCACAUGAUGCCAUGGAAACGCGACGCUCUCCUGGAUUGACCAUAAAUGAUCUCUGGAAAAUAACAGUUCGCUAGCGGUAACAGCAAAGCACAGAAUGUCCCACAAAGCAGUUAAAGUGAUCGUUGAACUUCAUUUGAGGGCGAUAACCUGUCCAGGUGUGCAUCUACCAGCCAAAGAUGAUGUUUACCUCAGUGUGAGUCUUAUGAAUCAAUACAGGAAGUCAGAAUGUCUUCCUGCAGUGUUUCCAUUAUUGAUUCGGGAGAAAAUAAGGUUUGAAAAGAUCCUGAAUGACUCCACCGAUCCUGCAGCAAUAGCAGAACUCCUGCAGUGUGAACCAGUGAAAAUAGAACUCAUUCAGUUGAUUCCACCAGCUGGAGAAAUAUUGGCCAGUUUUGAAGAAGAUGCUCGAAGUUUUCUUUUCCCAGAGCCAAAGCUGGUCCCAUCUUUCUCUGGAGUAGAGAGAGAGGUAUUAAUGACACGCCAUCCCAAUUUUCCUGGUAUCUCUCCAAGAUUAGAGUUCUCCACAAAGACGACAAUCAGUGACAUCUCCAGUAACAAUGGCUUCCUGAGUCUUCCUGUGAGGGCAAUAAGGAAAACCUCAAAAAAGUCACGGAAACAGGAUAUCACCUCAUCCCAAAGACAUUUCCCGUCUGCUUCAUGGAGUCAGAGAGAACACCGCAACAGAGAUCAGGUUCAGAGAUCAGGUGGACGGUCCUCUUCCCAUUAUUCACCCGUCUCUGACAGAAACUCCAGGUUAAGGAGUCUUUCACCACAUCAAUCAAAACCAUCAAGAGAAACAGGAGAUCUGAGAAGAGGCUAUUCCAGACCUUGGAUGGCUGAUGAAGACUCUUCAGACACAGAUGAUCUCCUCGACUACGCUGAGGAAGUGGGCCGUCAUCAUUCCCUAAUGGGAUAUGAGGGAUCUCCCAGCCCAAAUUACUCCAGCAUGGAACGCCAGAGGCACAAUGGCUCUCUCUUGGGCUCUUCUGACCUUUGGGAGGAGGUUCAGGAACGGGUUCAGAGCCUUUUAACAUCUCCCAAAGCAGUUCAUAGACUAGCAUGUGGUGCCACGGACUCUGAGAUAGACGAGGUACUGAUACGGAGAUGUGUUUUGGCCCACUCAUGCCCAUUUUAAACACCUGUGUGUGUUAUAAGGAAGUGAUGAAGCAGAGGACCCUGUGAUUUCUUGUGGCAUUGCAUCAUUUUCCAUUCAAUUAUGAGUGUGUUUGUUUGUAGUUGUGUUUGUAUUGCAGUUUUGAAGUGAAAUAGUAUAUUCCAGGUGUUUUUGAAGCACAGUGGUUCUCAACCCUGUUCCUGAAGGCCCCAAAAAAGUACACACCUGAUUCACCUCAUGAGCUUGUGUCAUGUAAUGGAGACCAAAAUAGACUGUUGUGAUGCUAAAAUGGUACAUGUGCUUAA